UCUGGGUGGAUGGACAGAGGAUGUACUUUGUUUAAAAGGACGAGUCCCAAGGACUUGGCACAGCGCUAUGACGGCAUGCGAUAAGCGAAGGCUUAUCUCUCGUCUCCGCAUUCCCCGGAAUUACGACAUCCCUUUCAUUCGGAUUUCUGACCUCAAUUCCUUUGUUUCCAUUUCCAACGUCUGUCAGCACGGAAGACACGAUUGCUCACCAUGAAAGUCACACAGCUCUACACAUACCCCAUCAAAUCCAUACGGGGUGUCGCCCUCUCCGAGGCAGCGGUCACCGGCACCGGGUUCCACCAUGACCGUCGCUUCAUGCUGCUCAAGGUGAAGACCAGCGACGACGGCACCGAAACCCUCCAGAAUAUGCACGUCCCGCAUUUCCCCGAGAUGUCCCUCUUCCUGACCGACAUCGUAUUCCCCACGGAAGGCAAGAACGACGGCCAGAUCCUCGUGACCUACAGACCUCCGGGUGUCGACGACAACGCCGACCCGCGCGUCAAGACUCUCGCGAUUCCCUUGCAGCCUGACGUACGAGGACGGGAGGAGCUGGGCAUCAUAAUGCACCAGAGUCCGACGAAGGGAUACAACAUGGGGAGCGAAUAUAAUGACUGGUUCAGCGAGUGUUUCGGAUACCGCGUUGUCCUGGCGUACCUAGGGCCUAAUUGGAGACCGGUGCUCGGAAGCUUCCCGCCGGCGAAGAGUGCAAUUCAUGGUGGGCGGCGACAAUCCACAACGUCGCCGGUCUCCACGCGGUCGCUGGCGAUCCUGGCCACGCUGACGCUGCUUCUCAACGCCGUCGGGGUGCCCAUGGUGCGCGAGAAAGCCGGACAAUCCCUGCUCCCCAGCGUCGUAGCCACGGCGGUCGCCGUGCUCCUCUCGCUUGCCCUCAGUUACGGCUGGUCCGCAGCAAAAAAGAAUGAAGAGAAAAUCACGUUUGCCGACUCGUCACCGUACCUAGUAGUGUCGGAGACGUCGGUGGACGACGUGUCUGCGCGUCUGGCCGGCGACGAAGUAAUGGAUGUGACCAAGUCCCGGCCGAACAUUGUCGUGGCGGGCGCCGCGAAGGCCUUCGAGGAGGACUUCUGGGCCGAGUUGACGGUGGGCAAGAGCGCGCGACUUCUGCUGACGGCGAACUGCGUGCGCUGCCAGAGUUUGAAUGUGGAUUAUGCCACGGGCAAAAUGGGCACCGGGGAGUCGGGCAGCGUGCUGAAGAAGCUGAUGAAGGACCGAAGGGUCGACAAGGGGGCCAAGUAUAGCCCCGUGUUUGGCAGGUACUCGUUCUUGGAUCCGGAAUCGGAGAAUGUGUUGAUUCGUGUGGGAGACGAGGUGGCUGUGACGAAGACAGCUGAUGAGCGAACAGUAUAUGAUUGGCCUGGUCUGAGCUAGGAUAUAAUAGCAAGGAGACGAUUUGGUCUGUAGGAAUGUUUGGCCCUCACCCUGAGGGUAUCUACUAUACUAUACUAUGCUAUACUAUGCUAUACUAUGCUAUACUAUGCUAUACUAUGCUAUAC